CCGCAUCACCGAGCCAGACUAUAAGAAGGGCCAGAGUCUCCGAAGAAGACACCAUCCGGUCCAGAUUCUCCUGCGGUACAGGUCUUCUCCUCCUCUGAUCAGCCAUGAAAUUCUCCCUCAUUGCAGCCGUUGUCCUUCUUGCUGUGGCACAAGCAAGCUUCGCUCAAGAUGCUGCCAACAUCGACAUCGUCCACAUGAUUGAGGAGUUCAGGAACAAAAUGACCCAGCAGAUUACUGAGGUGAUCAGCAACCAGGACCUGGCAAACCAGGCUCAGAACAUCAAGACCCAGCUGGAGCCGCUGGCCGCUCAGGUCCAGGAACAGGUGAAAUCUGCCAUGGCCCAGAUGGAGGAGCAGGUGAAACCCCUGGCCUCCGAAGCUCAGGCCCAGAUCAAGCCCAUUGUUGACAAGUUCCAGAAACAGAUGGAGGAGUACCUGCAGACCCUGAUGGGCCAGGCCCGCGCCCUUGGCAACUAAACAGCCAAUGGUCCAAAGGAUGCAGUCAGUGUGCCGCCACCACACCACCACCAUCUCCUCUGUCAUGGACGGAGUUAAAGGAAUGACAGCCUGACACGUGUUUCUGUGCUUUUU